AUGUCUGCCCCUAAAUCUACUCUGGAAACUAACAUUCAACCUGUAAUCCCACAAUAUUCAGUUGGUGAUUAUGCUAAAUUUGCCUUAGCAGGUGCUAUUGGUUGUGGUACUACUCAUUCUUCAAUGGUCCCAAUCGAUGUCGUUAAAACUAGAAUCCAAUUAGAACCAACUGUGUAUAACACAGGUAUGGUAGGUUCUUUUAGAAAAAUUAUUUCUCAAGAAGGUUCCGGUGCAUUAUUAACUGGUUUCGGUCCAACAUUAUUGGGUUACUCAAUUCAAGGUGCUUUCAAGUUUGGUGGUUAUGAGGUUUUCAAGAAAUUUUUCAUCGAUCAAUUAGGUUAUGAAACUGCUACUAACUACAAGAACUCCAUUUACAUGGGUUCUGCCGCUGCUGCUGAAUUCUUGGCUGAUAUUGCUUUAUGCCCAUUAGAAGCUACAAGAAUUAGAUUGGUUUCUCAACCACAAUUUGCUAAUGGUUUGGUCGGUGGUUUCUCAAGAAUCUUAAAGGAAGAAGGUGUUGGUUCAUUCUACAGUGGUUUCACUCCAAUCUUAUUCAAGCAAAUUCCAUACAAUAUCGCUAAAUUCUUAGUAUUUGAAAGAGCCUCUGAACUAUACUUCGGUAUUGUCGGUGAAAAGGAAACAUUAUCUGGUUCCGUGCAAACUGCUGUCAAUUUAUUAUCUGGUUUGACUGCUGGUUUGGCCGCUGCCAUUGUUUCUCAACCUGCUGAUACUUUGUUAUCCAAGGUUAACAAGACAAAGAAGGCCCCAGGCCAAUCUACAAUAGGUCUAUUAGCCCAAUUAGCUAAACAAUUAGGUUUUGUUGGUUCCUUCACUGGUUUACCAACACGUUUAGUCAUGGUCGGUACUCUAACUUCCUUACAAUUCGGUAUUUACGGCACAUUAAAGAAGUCACUAGGUUGUCCACCAACUAUUGAAAUCGGUGGUGGUGGUCAUUAA